GUUUGUCUAAAUAUAAAAAGCAGGAACUAUUAUAUAAACAAUCAGUAAGGUGUUUGUCUUCAUGCAAGUGUUUAACCUUUCUAUGUACACACUUUUUAAAAUUCAUGGACGCGAAAGUUAUGUGGGUGUCAUUCUUGUACGUUCAAAGCCAUCAGUUUAAUAUUAUACAUCAUUGUGUAACUACGCAUGAGGUCUUAUUUAUUAUUACUUCUCAAAUGAUUCAUAAAAAUAAUUUCGAGGUAUUCAUCGCGACAGGUAUAUCACAAUGUUAAUCAGAUAAAAACAAGAUAACAGAAAUCGGCUAUCAAAUGCAACGAAAAUAGGAACGAUAAUAUCCAGUUCUAUGUUGUUUUUAAUUCGAUACGAUGAAUUUUUCAGACGCCUUGUAUCUGAAAUCAACCAGAGAUGCAGACAAAAGUAGUAUUUUACAACCUAAAUUAAUUACCGAUGAUACAAAACCGACGCAAUGGCAAAAUUCACUAAGAAGAAACAGAAAAAACAACUUCAAUACCAGAUCUGUUUGGUACGAUGAUAGCGAUAAGAAAUUUCCAGCUGGUUUUGCUUUAAGAAAAGCUUCAAGUUUGGAUAGUUUAUUACAUAGUAAGAAACCAAACAGACUGAAAAUUACUAAAGACAUGAUAUCAGUUCCACUGUUUCCAAGGAAGAUCGCGAGCCAAUGGAACAGCCUUGCAGAUAAGGACUUUAAACCUCUUAUAGAAGAAUGUAAUGCAGAUAUAAGCGAUUUUGACGACAGUGAAAGUGAUAGUGAUAGUAAUUCAUCGAUUUCUCAGCUAGAUAGUGAAAUAAGUGAUGAAAAUACAACUUGCAAAGAUGAUCACCAUUUAGAUAUACCUCCAGAUAUACCAGAAUUUAAUCCGGAUACAAAGAGAAGUGAAACUGGUUCUAAAAUUAACUUAAAUUUUGUCACACAAAUCGUUUAUUCCACAGAGCAAUCUAAAGUUGCCAAAGAGAUGAUAUCAACACCAAUUCCUUCACGCAAGUAUGAAGACAAUUUGCCCAGCAUUGCAGAAAAAGUUGUACAAACUAAAUCAAAUGUUGAUACUGAGUAUCAGCACGAAAGUGAAACAAAAAUUACUUCAAAUGAAGAAAAUAUAGUUCAUGAUAAACAAAUUGUAGCUGAAAGUGUUAAUAAUGCAGACUCUUCAUUUGAUCGAUUGACAAUUGCUAAUGACAAAGAAAUUUUAGAAGAAAAUUGCAGAGAUGUUUUGAAAAUAACAGAUACUAGCGAUAAAAAAAGUGAUGACAACUGUAGUCAACAUCAGAUUGAAACAAAUAUCAAAGAAUGUGAAGAAAAAACGAGUGUAAACGAUGAUUCAAACAUCCAACAAACUGUUGACGAAGAUUUAAACAUCACCGAAGUUGUUAGACAAAAAGAUAGAAAUGAUUCAAAUGAUAAUGACAAAAGAAAAAAUAUAUUGCAUCAUGCUGAUAUUUAUCUAAUAAAAGAAUUUAAUGUUGAAGAUGAUAAUAAAUCAACCAAUGCUGUUCAAGAUAAAGAGCACGAAGGAGAUGGUCAACAAAAUCUGCAGCCAUCUCCGGAAUCAAAAGGGCCAUCUGCAGAUGAGAAUGGAAUGAAAACAAUAGACUCUGAUAAAAGUGAAAUAAAUACUAGUGAUAAAUCAUUAAAAGUGCAAUCGCGAAAGUUUGUGAAUAAUGAAAUGGAAGUUAAUGCAAAUCCAAAUAUGUCCGAAAAAAUUUUUUGGUUUCAACAUUUGAAUGAACCCGUGCCAAAAAUUGUGCCAGAAAAGAGUGUAGUGAAGAAUAAGAAGGUUAAAAAGAUUAAGAAAAAGGAUCAAAAGAAAGAAGGGGGUUCCAAUUUAAUGAGGAUGAAGUUUCUUUCUAAAUCGACGGAUGUGUUGUUCUCAAACGGCAAAGCUGAUCUCGAUAAUGAGGAAGUGCUAAGGACCCUACAAUCCAACAAAGAUGAACCGCUAUCUCGGAGUGUGGGGCCAUUUCCAAAAACAGAUGAUAAUAGAAUUCUUGGCGAAGUUGAACUUAGGCCACAUAGGAAUGACAGUAGGUUAAGACAAUCAAAGACUUUAGACUGUGAUCCACGGCGAUAUUACAGACGGGAAGAUUUCGAGGUAAGGGGCUGCAUCAAGAUUCAUUUGCCGGAUAAAGUUGAAAAGUUGAAGAAAAAUGAAUAUCUCCAAUUUCAAAGCAAUUCCAUAAUUAAAAGUGACGAGAUAAGUUGCAAAGUAUUAAAAUGUAACGUAAUUUUGAAAUCGGCCAGACUGAUAAACAAACGAGAAGUGGAACUGAAGGACAUCAGCAACCAAAAUUACCUGCUGGUUUUCGAUUCCUCCAAAGACGCCAAACUGUUCGUAGAAAGCGAAAAGGUCGGCGCCUAUCAGGACAACGAGAAGUCCACCAUAACCAAAACCCUUCUUCGACUCCUCGGCAAAAGAUCCAGCAGGGAGGUGUUGGAAAAGAAGGGAAUUUACCAGAACGAACCGAUUUUCGGCAACACCCUCACCAGCAUUUACAACACGGAAUGUGGUGUACCGAAAUUCAUUCUGAAAACCAUGGAACUGAUCGAGAGACCCGAUAAUAUUACGAGUUUAGGUUUAUACAGGACGUCUGGUAAUUUGGCGACGAUACAAAAAAUCCGUUUGGAAGUCGACAAAGGCAAUUUGGAUAUAUUGGACGUGUACGCCAAAGAUCCGGAUGUACUGACUGGUAGUUUGAAGUUGUUUUUUAGGGAGUUGAAGGAACCGUUGCUGUCUUGCAAAACUUGCGAUAAUUUAUUAGAAUAUACGAAAAAUGACAAAAAUUACUGCAAAAAGGACAGAGAGCACAUACGAACAAUACUGAAUCACAUACCGGAAUCGAACGCAGAAACGUUACUGGCGUUAAUAAGACAUUUAUUGGACGUGGUUAAGUAUAAAGACCAAAACAAAAUGGACACGUACAACUUGGCGGUGUGCUGGGGACCCACCAUAAUAUUCGCUAUAGAUAAUCUAAGUACAAAGGAUCUUGUCACUCAAAGCGCCGAAGCCACGAAAGUGUUCGACGCUUUGUUGAAUUUCUACAUCAACAAUCCCGAGGAAUUGGAUUUUCGAAAGAAGAAACCCGAUUAUUUCGAUUCUAAUCGGAACAUGAUCCAUCGACAGGACUCCAAAGACAGCAUUCACAGCUCCGAUAGCGGCACUUCUUCGAAUAAGAAUAAAAGUUCAAGCAAUCUGAGCCUCGAUGCGAUAGACGAAGUCCUCAAAAAAUCCGUAGAUUUGAUCGAGAGCCAUUUGAACAGCGAAGGUUUGUACAGAAAGUCUGGUUCCACCGAAAAAGCGAAUAAGAUUCUCAGAAAAAUGGCCAAAAGAAAAUUAUCGGACUUGGACAAGUACAGAAAUGACGUAUACGAUUUGACUGACGCUUUCAAGAGAUAUAUAAAGGAAGGUUGUGAUUCUUUGGUAACCAAAGAAAUUGUAGAACAUGUAAAUAAAAUAUGUGGUGAGUAAUUUUA